AUGACGACCAUGGAUACUCCGAUCGUUAAGACUGGCGGUGUGGACAUUUGGACCGAUCUCCUGAUCGCCUGCCUCGUGGUGCUCGUGGUGCUGGCGCCUGCCUUCCUAUUCCGGGUGCCUACAUACCCCGAUGCUGCUACUUCGGUAGCACCUGCCAAGAAAUCUUCCAUCUACUACCACAACGAAAAUGAUGCGCGAAGUAAGAGACGUCGACAAGUCAAAGUGCAGCAACAACCGAGUGGUCGAAGCUCUGAUCUCACCAGUAAGCACAUCCACAGCAACAGCAAUGGAGCACCUGCAGCCCGCGCGAAGGUGACGUGA